UCAACCUAACUUGUGAAAUUUUGGGAAGCAUAGAGAGAGAGAGAGAAAGCAUGAGGUUCUCCCUCGACACUUCCAUGUCACAAGUCAGCAGCAACCAACUCGUGUCGACGUACGGUGAUGACUCGUAGCUCACACUCAUUUCAAAUAUACACUGCCUGGUGCAAUUUCAGUACAUUAUUCUCAAUUUCUUAUCCCAAUCAAGCGAUCAACCCUUUGGAUCUUGAGUAGUAAGUAAAUCCCUCGGGUUAUAUAGAAGCCCCUAUCACAAUGCGCAAAGACGAUUCAGAAAUAUAUUUGGGUUUGAAUGAAGGAGCUUCUCCAAGGCUAGAGAACUUUGGGAAGGUUUCUAUAGUUCCUCUUGUUUUCCUCAUAUUCUAUGAGGUCUCUGGGGGUCCUUUUGGUGUUGAAGACAGUGUCAAGGCAGCUGGUCCACUUUUGGCACUUCUAGGCUUUUUGAUCUUUCCACUUGUAUGGAGCAUACCAGAAGCCCUAAUAACUGCUGAAAUGGGAACCAUGUUCCCUGAAAAUGGAGGAUAUGUUGUCUGGGUAUCAUCUGCUUUGGGUCCUUACUGGGGAUUUCAGCAAGGUUGGAUGAAGUGGCUAAGUGGUGUCAUUGACAAUGCACUCUAUCCUGUACUAUUCUUGGACUAUCUGAAGUCGGCUAUCCCGGCUUUGGCCGACGGUUUUCCUAGGGCAAUCGCAAUCUUUUGUUUAACCAUAGCUCUCACUUAUCUGAGUUACCGAGGUUUAAAUGUGGUUGGAUGGGUAGCAAUACUCUUAGGAGUGCUAUCCCUCCUUCCUUUCUUGUUUAUGGGACUUAUCUCGCUUCCUAGGAUUGAACCUUCUAGAUGGCUUGAGUUGUCGGACAUGGGGAGUGUCGAUUGGGGUCUUUAUUUGAAUACCCUUUUCUGGAAUUUGAACUAUUGGGACUCAAUCAGCACUCUUUCCGGUGAGGUGGAGAAUCCUGGCAAAACACUCCCUAAGGCCCUCUUCUAUGCUCUUCUAUUGGUUGUGUCGGGCUACUUUUUUCCUCUUCUAAUAGGUACUGGAGCUUUGCCUGUUGACCGUGGUCUGUGGAGUGACGGGUACUUUUCGGAUAUUGCCAAAACUGUAGGAGGCCUUUGGCUGAGAUCGUGGGUCCAAGUCGCUUCAGCAGUGUCAAACAUGGGUAUGUUCUUGGCUGAGAUGAGCAGUGACUCCUUCCAGCUUCUUGGGAUGGCUCAACUUGGGAUGCUACCGGAAGUCUUCGCCAAGAGGUCCCGCCAUGGGACACCUCUUGUUGGGAUUCUUUUCUCUGCAUCGGGUGUCGUUCUCUUGUCGUGGCUUAGCUUUCAAGAAAUUGUCGCAGCAGAGAACUUCUUGUACUGUUUUGGGAUGAUAAUGGAGUUCAUCGCGUUUGUGAAGUUGAGGAUGAAAUACCCAGCAGCUUCUAGGCCUUACAAGAUACCAUUGGGGACAAAAGGUUCAAUCUUUAUGUGUAUACCGCCAACAAUAUGUAUUCUUGUGGUGUUAGGACUUGCCUCCUUUAAAGUCAUGGCCAUUAGCGUCUUGGCUUUGCUCAUUGGAAUGGUUUUACAGCCUUGUCUGGUGUAUAGUGAGAAGAAAAGAUGGUUCAAAUUUUCUGUCACUUCUGGCUGCCCAGCAUUUUGACCAUGGUUGCCUUGUUUGGUUUGUUGUUGAGGCUAUUAUAAAUUUGUAAUUUCCCAAAAUUUAUUCAAAAGAAUCAAGAAUCUGAACCCAUCUAAUUACACAACUGGAUCGUGGAGGAGGUUGCUAUUCCUUCUAUGGAGACUAAAUGUUCGAAACAUUUCUUUGGAGGGAACAAGGCGAGGCUUUGGUGCUACUCUUGUGAAAAAUAAAUGUCAUUUUUUUGGGCAAUAUGGAUUCGGAAACACUAAAACAUGCCUUUAAACAGGCUGUCUCUUUUGUAGUCAAGCUAAGUUGGAUUAUAGUUUGUAUUAAUAGUGUGGAAGUUGUAGGAUUUUUACUUUUUAUGGUGGAUACUAAAGCAUGUGUAUGAAUCCCUCUGUAAAAGAAGCAGGUACACUACUCUUGAUUUACUUCACAAGUCUUUAUCAUUUGGAUCAAGAUUGAUAUCAAGGAGUAAGGACUAAGGAGCAUGUUGUUUUCAUUUUCUUUUCCAAAUUGUCCAAUCUUCUCAUAGUUGCUCUCAUUUAAUUAUUUUAUCUG